AUGGUGGAUGAAAGCAUAUCUGGUAGGGUUACAAGAGGUAUCUCACAUACUCUUCAAAAUUUAGAUUCCCUUUCUUUUGAUUUGGGUAUUUCUCAGCAACAACAUGAUGUUGAUGCAACUUCUGCUGAGAAAUUGGUUGCUGAAAGGAGAUCUAAGAAAAUCCAUGAUCCUGCCAGAAUCAGAAAUCCUUCAACUAUGCAAGUUGACACCGAGGUGCAGGGUCAGUUAUUUAGGUGUUUUAUGGUUAGGGAGUUGAAGCGUAGUAAUAGCGAUGCGUUUGUUGUCGAUAUUAAUGGGACGGAAUUGACAUUCGGUCUUUUUGAAUUUGCUUUAAUUACUGGUUUGAAGUGUUACGGGGAUGAAGUUGUUUUUGACGAGGGUCCUAACAGAUUUGAAAAGAGGAACGUCACAGUCCCAAGACAUCAUUUUGACUUGGUGGAGAGUGAACAGUACAAUGAAUAUAGAUGGGGUAAGGAAGCAUUUGAUGAUUUGAUUAAGAGUAUUUACCACAAGAUGGACAAGCCGAAGCAUUUUUAUUGUCUACGAGGUUUCCCUUUUGCUAUGCAAGUGUGGAUAUAUGAGUGUUGCUCUAAUGUUGACCCUAAUUUAAUGGUUAAAACCGGAAGCCGAAUCCCAAGAAUGUUUAAUUGGAGAACAGUGAACCAAAAGCCAUUUGUUAACUACUUGAUGUUGGGCAUGUUUAAGGACGGUGAGGACAUUUGUUGUAAAUUCGACAACAUUGUUCCGACCAUGUUAGAGGUUGAGAAGCUUGGUCUGCGUCCAUACGUGGUCAACAAACUUGCACCGCCACCCCAAACACAGCAAGAGGCGGAAAAUGAAUAUGCAGAUUUUUCCACAACACCUCCCCAUGUUGCUGCUGCCAAGAAAACUCAAAAGAACGAUGCUUCAAAAUCUCCACUGCACAAGAAGCCUAGGAAGAUGUCGACGACAGCAUUGCUUGUUCAGAAGUCACCAACCACAAUCCCAAAAAAAUCUACAGUUGGACAAUCAUCUAAAAAAUCUGCUUCGGUGGUAGAUAAGCCGGUUCAAUCAAAGGAAAAAGAAAAAGUUGCUCCAAGUAUCCACCGCGUUCCUGUUGACGACGUAUCCACCAGCAAAUCAGUUGACCUCGCAAGUUUGAGGCAGGAACUUAAUCAAUUUAAGCUGGAAGUGCUUGCUGAAUUCAAGGUUGUUUUUACUGAGCUCAAGGAUCUUCGCAAAAUUAUUGAUAAAAAUUUCGAAAAGGUUUUGGAACAUGUCAAAGGGAAAAAAAACUCAGAAAAGGAUGAUGACAGUGAAACUCAUGUUCCUUUACAUGAUGGCAACAUACAUCAACAAGAUGAUGAUUACAUGGACCAUGGUGACGAUAUUCACAUAGAGACUGAUACGGGUGAUGUGCAUCCAACAGAGGAGAAGGGUCUUGCACCGGAUAUUCAAGUCGGUAUUGGCAAUGAUAGUGGCGACACGCUGAAAGCUUCAACCGAAAAGAUUGCGGAAGGAGGUGAUCUUUCAGGAGAACCGAAGACUUCGGUUGAACGUCCGGCUGAUCCAACGGAGGAAAAGGGUCUUGCACCAGAUAUUCAAGUUGAUAUUGGCAAUGAGAGCGACGAUACGAUGGAAGCUUCAACCGAAGAGAUUGCAGAAGGAGGUGAUCUUUCAGGAGAACCGAAGACUUCGGUUGAACAUUCGGGGAAACAUACUGUGGAAGAGCAAAAAUGUUCUGACGAUUCAAAUAAUUCCGAGAUGAUCGCACAGGUGCUAGCAAAUAUAGCAGAAUCAGAAAUGACUAACGAAAAAGUUCAUGCGGAAAAAACCGAGGAAAACACCAGCUCAACUGUCUUAGAGGAACCUCAGGCAGCAGUUUGUAACGCGCAGCCGUUGUCUCAGUGGUUGUUUCCUGAUGAGUAUUUACCAAGCCAAACCCCAGGGAAAGAAAUCAUGUUACAUCCAUCAGUCACACGAGCUACACGCCCCAGUAGUAGUUCGGGCAAGGAUCAUGUUCAUGUGUUUGAUAAAAAAUAUCCAUUCCAGAUAGAUCCCAUUACUGGUCCACUUGAUGUACAGAUGGUGGAUGAAUACCGUACUUGGCUUCGAAAAGGUCUGCUUAAAGAACUACGAAGACCAUUACAAAAAAAAAUGGCAGUUUUUGACAAUGGAGUCAAAUUCAAUUUUGGCAUCACAACUGUCAAUGAUAAGAACUGGUUUUACCUGUUAUCGAUGGAUGGUCAGCUUUGGAAUGACGAGACAAAUGUGGCAAAUGAAGAGCAAGUAUUGAUUGAGUAUGUUAAGGGCCACAGGCUUAUUGCCAAUGUCCUGUGGCAUACGGUUGACAACGUGCUACUACCGGUGAAUAUACAAGAAGAAAUCAUUGGUUAUUGGCGUCUGUAUGUUUACAACUCGUAUCAAUCAGCCGGGCACAACGCAGUUGUCAGGAAUGAAAUAAAAAAGCUUGCUACACUUCUGCCACAUUUCCUACAUCUGGCUGGAUUCUAUGUAAAUCAAAAAAGCAUAGAAUUGGUGAAAGACCCAGCAUAUGCGGAUAAGGACAGAUCGAUAUCCUUGAAGUUGCAUAUGUUGAUAAUCUGCCGCAUCAAACUGCUGGUAGCACCGUAUACUGAGUAUUUGACAUCGGGUGAAAGGAUUCCAGAUGUCAUUGAUGCACACAUGCAGCGUAUGAGAUACGGUGCACUCUUAUGGGACUACGCUGAAGGCAAGGUUGCUGACAAAGCAGAGAGUGAUAAUAAAGUUCCACCAAGACCGAUUAGGUCAGCAAUCGAUUAUGACACUGUAGAUGCAAUUGAUGUUUGA